AUGGGAAUGUGGGAGGAAGCGAGUGACCCAGUGAUGGGGAAGAAGGAUAAAAAUGAGGAGCGGAAGGAGAGAAUCCUGAAUCUCACACUGGAGAUUAUCUAUCUGCUGACUGGAGAGGGCUACGUCAUCCCUAAGAAGAAGAGCCCAACUGUGGGUUUGGGGGCCCUGCAUGCCCCUGGCUCCGUCAUACAGAAGGAAAAUGACAAGAAGAUCCUGGAACUCAUCUCCAACAUCAUCCAGCUGCUGACUGGAGAGGUUGCCAUAAGGUGUGAGGAUGUUUCCAUCUAUUUUUCCUUGGAGGAGUGGGAGUAUAUAAAAGGAAACAAGGCCCUUUACAGGGAAGGGAUAAAGGAGGAGGAGGAGCCCCAGCAGCUCCGCCCACUGGCAGCCUGUGAGUAUAAAGAUGGGAGCGAUGUUACAGCACAUACGGAAGCAACUUUAUGUUGUAAUAAUGAUGGGAAUCUCACAAACCCUGAUGUUUCUCCAGCGGAACAGCCCCCACCGGCCAAUGGGAUUAAAGAGGAGGCGGCUUCAUGGGAAGGGGGAAACCAAUCAGAUUGCAGCAUUAAUCCCCUUACAGAACAGAUACAGGGAACAAAUACUCCUAUCAUGGGGAGCAGCCUGAAUACCUUACAAAUGAUGGAUGAUACUGAUGAUGAAAAUUCCCACCAAUCUCCACAUAAAUCUCACAUAACAGAAAAUACAUUACGUAGGAAAUACAGCUGCAAUGAGUGUCAGAUACACUUUAGUAAUAAGAGAGACUUUGAUAAACACCAGAGAACUCACAAAAGAGAGAAACCAUUUUCUUGUUCUGAAUGUGGGGAAUAUUUUUCAGCCCAAUCCCACCUUAAAACGCAUCAAAGAACCCACACAGGGGAGAAACCAUUUUCAUGUUGUGAAUGUGGGGAAUGUUUUUCACAGCAAUCUGACCUGAAAAUUCAUUAUAGAACCCACACAAGGAAGAAACCAUUAUCAUGUUCAGAAUGUGGGAAAUGUUUUUCCUAUCGAUCUAAACUUAAUCGGCAUCAAAGGACUCACACAGGGGAGAAACCAUUUUCAUGUUCUGAGUGUGGAAAAUGUUUUUCACAGCAAUCCAACCUGACAAUUCAUUAUAGAUCCCACACAGGGGAGAAAUCAUUAUCAUGUUCUGAAUGUGGGAAAUGUUUUUCCUAUCGAUCUAAACUUAAUCGUCAUCAAAAGACUCACACAGGAGAAACCAUUUUGAUGUUGUGAAUGUGGCAAAUGUUUUUAAGACCACCCAAACCUGAAAAUUCCUUAUAGAACUCACACAGGGGAGAGACUUUUUUUUUUGUCCUGAACAUGGGAAAUGUUUUUCAACAAAAUCCCAUAUAUAUCGUCAUCAAAGAACUUGCACAGGGGAGAAGCAAUUUUAUUGUUUUAAAUGAGGAAAAUGAUUUGCAUUGAACUGUAGUAUAAAAAUACUUUCACAAUGACAAAAAACGUAAAUUUGUGUAGGGGAUCAGAGAACUCUUUCCUGUUUCUCUCUCUGUGACAUCAUCCAGCCCAGCUACAGACGGGGGAGGAACCCGAUUGGCUGGAUGCCCCAGUGCACUGUUGGGAGAGAGGAGGUGCCUAGGUUUGGAAUCAGGGGCGGGCCCAGCAGCUUAUAAAGGGGCCGGAGUUGAGACAGAGAGACCAACCAGUAAGCAGUGAGUGUGUAAAGGCUGAAGGGAACUCUGCUGAGUGCCAGCCUGUAAAGAGAGAUCCGCUACACUGCUGUUAGAUGCCUUUACUCCCUGCGGAUCCCCCGUGAGUGACCCAUAUGAGGAUAAAGGUAUAGAGUCUCCGUGUGUGGCCCCUGGGGGAGGGCAGGUGUUUCUCGGGGCUACAUGGGAGCAACUGCCUAUUCCAAAGGGAGAGGUACUUUGGGGCAGGUAGCGCUACCUGGGGGAACUCUGGGGAAGGGACUGAACUGGGAAAGGGUAUUUCCUCCAGGAGGGGAGUGUGGGACUGAGCCCCCAGAGAGACUGAGCCAGUAGUGGCUAAACCCAUCCCGGUUUCCCAAAGCAGGGUUAUUACUGUUUGCCUGUUAUAAUUAUUUUACCUUUACACCCAGUUAUAUAAAGUUGAUAUUUGCUACAAA